UCUUGGGAUCGAGUUCGUCGGAUGCUGUCGCGUCUCGAGCGUUUUUUCAUUUCGGAAAAUUGGCGCGCGUUGAACGAGACUUUGACUGGGUACAAAUGCAUUUACCGAAUACCAACAACAACAGCAACACGUUGCCGACAAUGACCGACAUUUACAGCAGUUACAUGGAUACGUUGCAAGAGUUUCACGGUGAAUUAGUGCAGACCGGAAGUCCGGCGAUCUUGUGUAGUGCGUUGCCGACACAUUGGAGAUCGAACAAGAGUUUACCGAUCGCGUUUAAGGUGGUAGCCUUGGAUGACGUGCCCGACGGUACCAUCGUCACGUUGAAAGCGGGAAACGACGAAAACUACUGCGCGGAACUGCGAAACUGCACGGCCGUGAUGAAGAACCAAGUGGCGAAAUUUAACGAUUUGAGGUUCGUCGGCAGGAGCGGCAGAGGGAAAUCGUUUACUUUGACGAUAACGAUCAGCUGCAUCCCCUAUUACCAAAUGGCAACGUACAGCAAGGCGAUCAAAGUGACGGUGGACGGGCCGCGCGAGCCCAGAACCAAAUCGAAUUACCAGUUCGGCUACGGCAUGCCCGGGCUACCGGGUGCCUUCAACCCGUUCUUGUUCAACCCCGGCUGGUUGGACGCCGCCUACAUGACAUACGCGUGGCCCGACUACCUCAGACAAAGAACCAAUCCGAUUCUACCGCAGAAUAAUCUCCACGGGGCCUUCGCUAAAGGUCCCGGCGAAUUCUAUGUAGGCGCGUCUCACCCUCCCGGAACGUUUCCGACCGCCGCCAGUUUUAUACCGACUGAAUUACCGAAAAUGUCGCCUUUGGAGGGCAACGCCCACGCCAGGUCGUUCCAACCGAACCCGAUGGACCAACUGAGUUUGAGGAUAUCGCCGGUAUCCAACGGACAGAGCGCGAGUCCUCAAUCGUCGGUCCCUCAAGAAAGGAAAAUUCACUCGACCGUCGAUCAGUCCUCUUCCGAUCAAUCGGACGACGAAGACAUCGACGUGGUGAAAUCUGCUUUCGUGCCCAUUAAGCCGGCGAGCGUGUUGCUCCAGGAAACGCAGCAUCCAGAUUCGACGGUGCAAGACAAAGAUCCGGGUGUUGUAAAAACCGAACUCAAAGCGCCCAGUUCUAGAACUAUAAGGAGUUUGGCAGGGAAUAGUCCGAAAUCGCCGAACACGAAAAUCGAGACUGCCCCGACGAUAAGCGCUUCGAAAUCGGUCUGGAGGCCGUACUAGCGGACGGCGUGUGAUAAUGUUGUUGAUUGUUACUAGAUUUUUAUUUCACCGUUACGUAGUUUUCGUCGUACCCAUGUAAAUAGCCCCUUCGAUUUUUGUUGACGCGUCUCCUACAUGUAAAUAGUGUAAAGAAUAAUUUAAUUAUGUUAGUUAUUUAAAUUUUAAUAUAAACUAAGCGACACUGUACUGCAAAUGUGAUAGCAGAUGGUAAAAAAUUAGGAGCUAGAUAUUUUUGUACU